GAAUUCCUCCCGCAGGGUCCGCCUGCUCUGCAGCCGUCAGUGAAAUGAGAUCCAACCCGUUCUGGUCCCCGCAGACCGCCUCAACCUGCUCCUCCACGACGACCAGGCAGGCUCCCUCGAGGCCCCCGGACGCGAUGACGCUUCCCCGACUUUACGCCGCCUUCCCCCGGCUGUGAGGAUGAAGGUGGUCCACCCCCACCGGGGUCGCAAGCGCGACGCCCCGGCUGACCUUCCGCUACCCGCCGUUCACGUCAGCCAAGCCCCGCUGGCACCAAGCGACGCCCCGGACGAAACGACACCCCCGGCGGGCGCCAGGCUGCGGCUCUCCAGAGCCUCCAAGGGAGGGAUGGUGAAGGUUCUGCGGCGGCACGUCUCCCCUCAGCCGCCCAGCCUGGAGAGCCUUGAGGCGGCUUGGAGCGAAAGAGCUCAACGGGAAGCUCUGGGGAGUCCAGAGCGGAGGAAGCGCCAGGCAGAGGCCGGGGACGGGCCGGGCCGGGAAGAGCACGCUGGGGGCCCGCAGAGGAGCCGGAAGAAGGGGUUCAGAGCCCCGGACGUGAGGACCAUCUUCAGCCCGGAGGACAGGGACCCCAGGGUGAAGGAGGAGUCUGGGGAGGGCCACAGUUUUGGGCCUGGAGGGGACGGCAACUGGUGUGAUGUGUGCUGCAAGUAUGUCUUCCACGGGGCUCUCACCUGUGCAGGAUGCAAGUACGCGUGUCACACCGCCUGUCGAGACCGAGUGUCGCUGGACUGUCACCCGGCGGCGUCCCCCGGCAGCCAGGAUCAGCUCAACAACAACCACCACGUCAGCAACAUGCCGCCACACGAUGUGGAGAAGGACAGGAAGCUGCGCACCGAGUUCAGCCGGGAGGAAAUCAAGCAGAAGAUUGAGCGGUACAACUCCACGACCAGAGACCACCUGAAAAUGACCUUGGGUUCCACUGGUGUGUACACGGGCUUCAUUAAGGUCCAAAUGGACCUGAGGAGGCCUGUGACGGUGCGGGGGGCUCAGAGGGGAUCAGGCGGCGAUGCGGCGAGCGAGGCCUUCUAUUUGCCGCGAGGAGUCAGCAACACGCUACACAUCAGCUCCAGUAACACCGUCAGACAGGUGAUCAUGGCACUGCUGAAAAAGUUCACUGUCGCAGACAACCCGGCCAAAUACGCCUUAUACAAACGCUACCGCCGCGAGGAGCAAGUGUACGUGUGCAAGCUGGCCGAUGGCGAGCAGCCGCUGUUCCUUCGUCUGGUGGCGGGCCCUGACAACGACACGCUGGGCUUUGUCCUGCGAGAACAACAGACUGGAGAAGUCAUGUGGGACGCCUUCUCCGUCCCGGAGCUGCGCAACUUCCUGCGCAUCCUGGACAAAGAGGAGGCGGAGCAGAAGGAGGCCGUGAUUCGCCGCUACGACGCCUACCGCCAGAGACUGAGGGAUGCGCUGAGGGAAGUCCGAGGACCUUCUUAAACCCGCCCCCUUUUUUUUUUUCUCGUACCUCGCCAAGAAUAAAGGCGGAGGCGAACCUUGUAGACUUUGAGGAUUCUACAAGCCAACUUGCUGCUUGAAGACAAAGACUGACGUGCCAAACCAUGAAAGACUAUCAAGUCUGUACAUAUUUUCCUUUUCUUAAUUUAUAUGGGUGAAGCUUCUUAUUCUAUUCAGUCUUAUUUUUAUUUUAUUUUUUUGCUGAAAUCGGACCACACUACCCACAAUCCUCAACGGGGCUUUGAAGAAGGAUAAUGUGAAGGAGGAGACAAAAGUUAAAGGAAGCGAGGGGUUUAGAAGAGAAGGUUGGAUUCAGAGGAGUUUGUUUUGGAAGAAGGAGCUUUUAGGAAGUAGACAAAGGGUGAUGGAGGAAGUAGAAGCAGGACGCGGGGCGGAGAAGGAGAAUAACAUGUUGAUAAAGGCAAGCGCUGACAGCCGCACCUUUUUUUUGUGCGUUUUCACCCUUCGGCCUGCCUUGCUCUGUAUGAAUUAUAAACCAGGACAAGGCGAGGGAGGUCGUAAACAACAAGUGUUUAUUUGAUUGAAGCAAAAAACGUGCUUUCUGGUACAUGCCCUAUGAAACAGCACCACCUUGUGGACAAAUACUGCCACUACUCCUCGCUACAGGUUUAUUUUUGUAUCAGUACUCUGAUUAUUCUCUCCUUGUAACCAAAGAUAGUUUCGUGGUGUUGCCUGGGGCAAAAUGAAGCCACUGGAAGCAAAAUAUAUUAAGUAGAGAUUUAUUUAAAGUGAUUUAUUUGUCUAUGAAACACUGGCUUUAUAUGGACGCAGAGAAGGGUCAAAAUGACGUUUACUGGGCAUUGAUGCAAUUUUUUU